GAAAGGCAUUCUCAGCCCUAUGUGGUGAUAGGUGUCAUAUGUACAAUAAUCAAAUAAUACAUAUUUUCUGGUAUCUCUCAUUGUGUAACUUCUUAAAAUAUUAUAGCGUGCACGGGGGAAGGCAGCAGCAGGGCUGGUAGGUGACGUAAUCACACACGAAGACAUAAGCCCAGUAUACGCUCCUUGCAAAAAAGCCAGCUCUUUUCUACAGCGGCAUCAUCAGUGCUAUGCUUUAGUGCGAGAGGUCCCGGGUUCGCACCUGCCCUCCACCUGUGUGUGCAUUGCCCGCCCUGUGUGAUGUGCCUGCCUGCCGGAACCAGGAACGCUACAUUGGUGUUCAGAAGUGGAGAUAUGAAGCGAACGCCGCAUGAAAUAAAACAGGAGCAUGCAGAGUGCACAGCCUGGAGAGGGGGGGGGGGGGCACCCCCCAGGAGCAGCUGACUGCACCUCACCGGGGGCCACGUUUGUCGUCGGGAGGACCUCGGUGGGGGACUUUUGCCACGUCCGUCCGAAUCGAGGGGGUCCCGUCCACAGCUUUGGUCGACACAGGGUCGACCGUGACUUUGGUGCGCCCUGGCGUGGUCUCGGAUUGGGUUCAAGUGGAGUCUAAGUCCGUCCAGCUUUGCACUGUCACGGGGGAGCUCGCGCCUAUGAAGGGGAGAGGAACAAUGGCGAUGGAGGUGGCGGGCCGGGUGCGAUAUGGCUAUCAAGGAUGGGUCCAACUACACCACAAUUGCAAAGGUGAAGCCAUCAUGAUGAAGGAUGACAAAGUUUUCCGUGUGAUACAAGAUACCUGCUGGGAUCCGGAGGUGCGCAUUCGAGACAUGGACAGAGCAGGAGUGACGGUGCAGGCUCUUUCCACUGUCCCUGUGAUGUUCAGUUACUGGGCGAAAGCCCAGGACACGCUGGAUUUGUGCCACAUUUUGAACGAUGACCUGGCAGCCACAGUGCGAAAACACCCCAAGAGAUUUGUGGGCUUCGGCACCUUGCCAAUGCAGGCGCCGGACUUAGCAGUGCAGGAAAUGCAUCGCUGUGUGAAAGAACUUGGGUUUCCUGGUGUGCAGAUAGGAUCUCAUAUCAACGACUGGGAUUUGAAUGCACCAGAGUUGUACCCAUUUUAUGCUGCCGCUGAAGAUCUGAAGUGUUCUUUGUUUGUUCAUCCAUGGGACAUGCAGACUGAUGGAAGAAUGUCCAAAUACUGGCUGCCCUGGCUGGUAGGAAUGCCUGCAGAAACCACAACAGCCAUGUGCUCAAUGAUCUUCGGGGGAGUGUUGGAAAAAUUCCCCAAGCUUAAAGUGUGUUUUGCUCAUGGAGGCGGCUCAUUCCCUUUUACAAUCGGGCGAAUUGAACACGGAUUUCAAGUCCGUCCAGAUUUGUGUGCUGUGGAUAAUAAGACCAGCCCCCGGAAAUACCUUGGUUCUUUUUACACUGACUCCCUUGUCCAUGAUCCACAUGCUUUGAAGCUCCUUGUGGAUGUGAUAGGAGAGGGUAAUGUGCUGUUGGGGUCAGACUACCCAUUUCCACUCGGUGAACAGGAGCCAGGAUCACUGAUAGACUCGAUGAAAGAAUUUGACAGUGCUCUUAAGGAUAAGAUUUUAGCCAGCAAUGCUCUGGAGUUUUUGGGACUGAACAGAAAACAGUUUGAAUGACUGAAGAAACCUGUUCUGUGGGUUUAAAAAGAAUUACAUGAUGAUAAACUCAAUGUUUGACUGAAUAUAACCCCAGAAUUUAUGGUACAGAGAAUGCUUUAAAAUGUGAAAAGAAUAGAAAUUGUUGUAUUAUCUGAAUUAUAUUGUUUUAAUUUAAGUUGUUUUUAUUUUGUUUUAAUUGUUGUAUCUUACUUUUUUUCUACAGUAUAUGCUGUAUUUUAUUUAUUGCAGAAUGAAAAUACCUAAUAUUAAUGUUUAAUAGAUUUCUGUACAUAGUAAGGAUUCAAGUUGCCCUUUUUUAAUUAUGUCUGAUAUUAAGGUACCUUUAAAAGCUAUUUCACAGAAAGUCUUAAGGGGGCCUUGCUAUUUUCUUCCCCGGAUAAAUAAAGUUAAUUUGUAUAAUGUAUAUUCAUGUGAUCUGAUGAAAAAAAAAAUAAUAAAAAAAAACAUUUUUAAA